AUGAAAUUAUCCUCCAUUGAGGCUCGACGCUCUAAGAAAAAAUUAAUUAUUAAUUUUUUUCUGUUAAAAUCAUUACAUCAGACUAUUUUGCCAAUAUUAGAUAGAAUCAGGGUUAAUAAUACUAAUUAUCCAUUAUUAAUUCCUAGAAGACCCAUGCAAACGAAUGAAAAUCAAGGUAUAUCAGAGUCUGAUCUUUAUCAAAUAAUAAGAAAUUUGAUUUCACGAUUGUCAAAAAGCAAUCCAGAGUCGUCAGAAGCCUGGAACGAGCAAACAUUAAGUGAGCCAGAAAUUUCCCAAAUAGAUCAAAUUGUAAAAUCUUUGCUUUUGAAACUCUCCGAAACACAAAAAUUGCAAAGCCAAUCCGAUCUUUAUUGUCUGGGAUCAAUGCUAAAUUACCAUAACAUGAUUAAAGAAGAUUUUUUGAAGUCACUAGAAGUGUUUUUGCCAGAUCUUGUUGGCUCGAUUAUAAAAUUAAUAGAAAUUAGAGGUGAAUGCUGCAUAGAUGCAGUCAUAAAGAUUCUCUCACUCUCUUGCUUCGCUGCAAAAUUAGACAAUAAUUUUUUUAACCAAGAAAUGUUUACAACAAUCAUAUCAUUUUUCCAAACAAACUUCUUCAAAUUUAUUACUGAAGAUACCCCAGAAUUAUAUAUGGGCUUGCUGUUAGCUCCCUCUCCGUAAGCGAACAAAACAAUUUUGUUAGUUAAUUUUUAUUUUAAAAUUUAUAUAGAAAAUUUUUUUAAAAAAACUAAAAUUUGUAAAAUUGAGAAGUAAAUAUUAUUUUAAUUUGUAAAAUUUAUGUUUUAAAAAAAUAAACUGAAUUAGCUCGAGAUUUCAUGAUAAUAAUUAUCAUUUAUAUAUCAAUUUCUUCUCCUUAAAAAUUUUUGUUCACUCACAGAGGGUGAUUUACCCAAAAAAGGGCUUUUCCAAUGAUUUUGUUCGCUAACGGAGGGGUGAGUAAGGAGGUUUUUACAAUUUUUGAAUUUCGCGCUUGUUCAAAAUUACAACUUUGACUUUGAUUAA